UCAAAAUUGUCAAGAACAAAUGCAAGCGGCCCGCAUGGAAACAAAUUGUUUACUUAAAAAACAACAAAAAAGUCGUAAAUUUAUUAAAAAAUAAAAUCAAAAACUAUAUAUAGAAUACUGAGUGAUAAAGUGUAGUAAACAAAGUAUAGAACUGUUAUUAUUAGAAGAAAAAAAAGUGUAACUAUUUGUUUGGAUCGUUUGAAACAAUCAUAUAUCAAAACGAAAAAAUGAAGCUACACAUAUUGACAAUAUUUUUUAUAAUUCUGGAGCAUAUCAAUAGAGCACUCACACAAGGCAUACCACUGAGUCCGUGUCCCAAAUUAUUCCAAUAUCGUUUCGAUGGUGCUGAAUGGUUUGGUUUAUUAUCGGUACGCAAUCCAGAUAUUGGACAAGCACUGCACCUAAGAGUCACACUUUCAAUGAGGGGAAAACCCACAACAGAUUAUUUGGGUGAAAUUGAACUAUUGACCCGCGGUCAGUUUCUUAGUGACUCGCCUGUGAUGUAUAAAGUAAAGUUUCCAAAACAUCAUUUUCCUCCGAAAGUGUUGCAAAUCACCACAAACAAUCAAAUUGUUUGUUUAGGAGCUGCAGAUCACGGUAUAUUUGUGACACAGAUACAAUUGGAGCACACAAGGAAGUUUGCAUUUAUACCGGAUGAUAUAACAAUGCAGUUGCCGCCCGAUUUUGUGAUGCCAACGCCCACAGCAGAAGGUGCCGCAGCCACUCCUACCAAGGACUCUGGAAUGUUGCCUGCAAGUAUGGGUUUCGACACCAAACACUUCUCAUUGCCAACCCUCGACAUUAAUUUGUUUUUCCACUUUUGCCUUUUACAAUUUAACUCAAUUAGCAAUCCUGUGCGUACGCCAAAUGACAUCUGCGGCAGAAUUGACGACCGCAUACGUUUUCAAGUUCUGCAUGCGAUGAAAGCUGGCUUGACACCCGGCAAUCAACAUCGAAAUGAAAAUUUGAACUCAGCGGGACUGCUUCUACCCAGAAUAGUGGAGGGCAGCGGUGACGCCACUAUGCCAUUGAUUACAUCCGAUAUUGAGGAUGCGAAUUUUGCGCCAACAUUUGCAGCAGAUGGUUCAAUGGCCAACGAUGAGUUGCCUUCGAUCACACGCGGUGCCUGGCCCUGGUUGGCAGCAAUUUACGUUAACAAUUUGACUUCGCUCGCCUAUCAGUGCGGUGGCACGUUGGUAUCCAAACGUGUUGUCAUUAGUUCAGCGCAUUGCUUUCAGUUGUUUAAGAAACGCUACACAGCAAACGAGGUACUCGUAUUUUUGGGAAGACACAAUUUGAAAAACUGGAACGAAGAAGGCUCCCUCGCAGCGCCAGUCGAUGAUAUCUUCAUACAUCCUGACUUCAAUAGCCAUCUAAAUACGUACGAUGCUGACAUUGCGGUUUUGAUUCUGAAGCAUGAAGUACGUUUUAAUACAUUCAUACGUCCGGCCUGCCUGUGGAAGGGCUCAACCAAGCAGCAGUACAUUGAGGGCGAACAUGGCAUCGUUGUCGGAUGGGGCUUAGCUAAUAUAAAUGCCACUUCCGCUCCGUCGAGUUCAUCCACUGUACCGAGAGUUGUUGACGCACCAAUUGUUUCCAAUGCGGCAUGCUUUAAGGCUAAUGACAAAUAUCGGAAUAUAUCAUCCAAUCGCACAUUCUGCGCGGGAUUUGUAUCAGCAGUCACACCAACGAUUGCCACGCAAACAAUGGGAAACAAGGCUGAACUGCAGCGCAAACAUAAAUCCAAAAUGUGUACCGGCGAUUCGGGCGCGGGUUUAAUGAUUUUCAAAAAUGAUAGGUGGAUGUUGCGUGGUACUGUGUCCGCUAUGGUACCGGUGGAGGGAGCGAGUAGAAAUGCAACUAGUGGCAGAUGCAGUGACAAUCAGUAUGUCGUCUAUACUGAUGUGGCGAAAUUUCUGGAUUGGAUUUUUGCAUUUAUUAUUUAGCAAAUCGCUGGAAGGUUGGCAAUUGUUUUUGAAUUUGUGGUAACCGAAUUUAUAACCUAAUUUACUGUUCGUGCCAAGCAUGUAGCAUGUUUUACUUAUAUAAGCUCUAGUUUAUUUUUCAUUUUAAAUUAUGUAAAUA